UAAUCUCUUCCUUACUAGUAAACUUGGAGAGACCAAAAGCUUUGUUCAGAUGGCUCCGUCCCCUUCAAUCCCCAAUCUGCAAGAGACUCGGCAUAAGCGUGUGACAGUACAUAACAGUCAUGGUGAGAAACUGGUGGGCGUGCUACAUGGAACAAAUUCCCUGGAGCUUGUAGUUAUCUGCCAUGGUUUCAAAUCAUCGAAGGUUUGUCACAAUAAUUUGAACACGAUCGGAUCCCCAUGGUGAAUCUUGCUGCUGCUUUUGAGAAAGAAGGAAUCAGUGCCUUCCGCUUUGACUUUGCAGGAAAUGGUGAAAGCGAAGGUUCCUUUCAGUAUGGUAACUACCGCAGAGAAGCUGAUGAUCUUCGUGCCAUAGUUGAGCACUUCCAUAAGGAGAAGUGUUUCAUAGCAGCAAUAGUUGGUCAUAGCAAAGGAGGAAAUGCUGUGCUCUUGUAUGCUUCAAACUAUAAGGAUGUACAAACUGUCAUCAAUAUUUCUGGGCGCUUCAAUCUUGAGAGAGGGAUAGAGGAUCGCUUGGGCAGAGACUUCAAAGAAAAGAUAAAGCAUAAUGGUUUUAUUGAUGUUAGAAAUAGAAAAGGAAGGUUCGAGUAUCGUGUCACUGAGGAAAGGUUGAUGGACCGUCUAACAACUGAUACUCGUGGAUCAUGUCAAAGUAUCCCCAAUAGCUGCAGGGUGUUGACAGUCCAUGGUUCAAUGGACGAAAUGGUGCCAGUUGAAGAUGCUAUGGAAUUUGCCAAGAAUGUGCCAAAUCAUAAAUUACAAAUUAUUGAAGGAGCUGAUCAUGAAUUCACUUUGCAUCAAGAUGAGUUGUCUUCAGUUGUGGUGGCUUUUGUGAAAGCAGGUUUAGGUGGAAACUACAUGGCUAUGCCAUCUCAGUCAUGCAAAAGAACAAGUGGAUAUAUACCUUCACGAUUUUGAUCCAGUAUCCUUGUGUUGUGUACAAGUUAAUUAUUUACCAACAACAUGAAGCAGACACCAAAACAGCUUGUAACUUUGUAAAUGAGCAUAGCCACUGUUGUAAUCUCACUGCUAAUUAAGUAUUUGAAGGACCAAAUGCCAAAACUCGGGGCAUCACAUGAAACUUAUAGGUACUGCAGAAGAUGGGGAAGAAAACAAGAAAAGGAUAUUAUGGUAGUAAUGGCGGUUGUUUUCUUCCCUAUUUUUGCUGGGAAGAACCAUCUUUCAACAUUCUUUUAACUUCUGUACAAUUUUAUAUCAAACAUGAUGAACAUUGAUUUAUACAAGUAGUGAAAUGUUGAAAUUG